CUCAUCGGGGACGCGCCUUGUCUUCAGGAUGAUUUCUUCCCAGGUCUGGCUGCUGUGGAGCGUCCUGCUUCUGCUCCGAUCGCCCAGUUUGCGGGCCGACACCUUCGGGGAGCAGUGUUUGGAUAAUUUUCAGAGGGGAGAGGAGGACUUCGUACUGGACACGGACCUCUCGGUGAAGGAGGGGGCCACCUUCAUCGCCUCCCCGACCGUGACCGGCGCCAAGGACUGCGUGCGCUCCUGCUGCAAGGACCCCCGCUGUAACCUGGCCUUGAUGGAGGACGAGGCGGACGAGGGCAUGAUCAAAGCGUGUUUUCUUUUCGAUUGUGUGUACAAGCAGACGUACGUCUGCAAAAUGGCCAGGAAGAAGGGCUUCAGCAACUAUAUUCUGAAGACCGUUUUCGACGAGUACCUCAAGGGCCCUUCUGGUUCCCAGCAAGACAGACCCCCGAUUGCCAGGGUGGGGCCGGAUAAAGUGGUGCAGCCAGAUGAAGACGUGCUUCUGCAGGGGAUUGAGAGCAUGGAUGAUCAUAGGAUCGAGACCUAUGAAUGGACCCUCAUUUCUGGUGACUCCUCUAUGGUCAUGGAGAAAAAACUGCCAGAUCAAGUCAUGGUCUCCAAUCUCUCGUCUGGUGUCUACAAGUUCCAACUGAUGGUCACCGACUCGGCAGGCCAGUCCAGCAAGGCGGUGGUCACUGUCCUGGUCCUCACCAAAGCACAGUCAGAGAAUCACUGCCUGGUGCCAAAGAAAGUGGGUCCCUGCCGUGGUUCUUUCCCGCGGUGGCACUACAACGCGGCCUCAGAGAGGUGUGAGCAGUUCGUGUUCGGCGGCUGCAAGGGGAACAACAACAAUUACGUGUCUAAGAAUGAGUGUGAAGAUGCGUGCAAGUCGGCCGUGUCCACCCAUUCCAGCAGAGGUGUUCUCCGGCCUUCCAGUAAAGGUGAGGUGUGUGGAAGUCCCUGCAGACCGGACCAGUUCACUUGCAGCAAUGGAUGCUGUCUGGAUAAGGGUCAGGAGUGUGACAAGGAGACACAGUGUAGCGACGGCUCUGAUGAAGCAUCCUGUGACAACCUUGAAAAAAACUUCGAAAUUCUCCUGCACAUCCCAAUCGAUGAAGUGAAAGUGCGUUGCACAGAGCCGCCUAAAACAGGACCCUGCCGGUCUAGUCUUACCCUGUGGUACUAUGACCCUCUGACCCGGAAGUGCUUCCGCUUCAACUAUGGUGGCUGUGACGGGAACAACAACCGCUUUGAGGUUGAGGAAACGUGCAUGAACACCUGUCAAGUCGUAUCGGAAAAAGACGUCUAUGCAAGAGGAACCUUCGAAUACCAGGAGGCACAAACAACCCAAGCAGCUGGCAUUGCCAUAGCCGUGCUGCUGGGCGUAGCCAUCCUAAUCCUGCUGUCCAUCCUGGGCUACUGUGUCAUGAAAGGCAAGAGGGAGCAGGCACCACGGCACCAGCGGGUGGCUGUCAACGGCACCCAUACGUUAGCCACCGAGGACAUGGAGCGCCUGGUCUACAACACCACUACCAAGCCCAUCUGACCUGCCGUUCCCGCCCACCUACCUGCCCUGCCUCUGUUUUUGGGAGAGUGGUUGGGAUAUGGAGCCAUUUUUCUCGCAAAGUUGUGUACCACAGUGCAAAUAUACGGUCCUGCUAGUGUGACGACUCACCACCGCUGUGGCUGUACGGCAGGUCCGAAGGACUUCCGAAUAUAAACCUGCAGCUCUUCCUAAAGCACUGGCGAUUUGUCUGUUUUAAUGAGUUUCUCCACAGGGGCCUUGACGCUAAGGCCAUUGGCUGUUCAGGAAAAUGAUUCUCAGGGCGAAGCUGUCUUGUGACUAAAUAUGUCAGAUCCUGCUGUCCUUGCUUUUCCCGUUUGUUCAAGCACAAAAAUGUGAUUUUUGGUAACUCCGAUGCAAACACCUCUUCCUAACCUCCAGUUCAGGAGGCUUCACCUGCCAGUAAAUAUUAUUUUUAAUUGUG